ACAUCAUGUCGCUGAUGUUCUCACAACAAUAAAUCCAAAAAGAAAGCAAUUCAAUUCAAUUCACCAAACAAUGUCUUGGCUCUUCAGCUCUCCCCGCCAACCAGAAGACGACGACGACGACCAGCGUGAUGUAGAACCCAAGCAACCCCAAAACGACCUGUCGUUUCUCAGCCAAACCCUCGGCCGCCAACUCCGCGGCGUCGCCACCUUCCUCGCUCCACCUCCAUCACCGCCAUCCAACGACGCCCUUCCCUCGUCCAAUUCCCAGCCCCAGUCGCAAUCGCAAUCUCAAUCGCCGGCGCUUUUGGGAAUCCGGAAUGAUCUGGUGGAGAUCGGCGGGAGCUUCAAAACCGGCCUCUCGCUGCUCUCUACUAACAGCAACAAAGCCGUCACUGAGAUCUCCAAGUUCGCUUCGGGCUUGUUGCAGCUUCAAAACGAAGCUUCAGAAGAAGGUGGAGCUGAUGAUGACGGCGACGAUGGCGGCGGUCACGUGCCGGGGAUCACGGACGAGGUUCUCGGUUUCGUCACCGAUAUUUCGGUGAUGCCGGACUGCUGGACCGACUUUCCAAUGACGCUCGAUCAUGAUUUCAGCAUGUCGGAUGCUCAGAGAGAGCAUGUGUCCGCUGUUUUACAAUUGGUUCCGGGAUUUGCAGAUCUAAGAGCCCGGCUUUGCAAUUCCAUGAGUGAGGAGCAAUUUUGGAUGAUCUAUUUCUUGUUGUUGCUCCCGAGACUAAACGAACAUGAUUUUGAGCUUCUAGCAACGCCCAAGAUUGUUGAAGCAAGAGACGUACUUCUGCACAAACUGCAUAACAAGAGGAACACACGGGAGGAUGCCCCAGAGAAGUCAAUUCUCGUUUCACCUAAAAAUCACAUCCAGGAUGGGAAGACACAAGGGGAGGGAAGCUCAUCUCAAGAAAAGGAAGCCUCGACUGAAAUACUUAACACGACAGAAAGGUUAAAGACCGAUGACGAAGAGGGCACUGAGCAGUGGUCUGAAGGUGCAAGUAUUAGCUCUGGCACUUUUGUGGAUGGCCAAAGAAAACACGAACCUGAAGACGAUAUCUCAUUCAGCGAUUUAGAGGACGAAGAGAAUGACGUUUCUAGUAGACAAUCAGGACUAAGGCAAGGACCGUAUGCCAGGGCAUGUUCACCCAAUGGAUCAAAUGAUUGGGUUCAGCUGAAUCGAAGCUCGGAAAACGAGGGUGGCCGGCAAAAGGCUGGUCGGUCAAAGGGGAAAGAUUCAGAAGGUGAGGAUUCAAGUGACUGGCUUGCGGUAGAUGAAUAUGAUUAGACAAAAUUGGCAGCAGCUUGCUUGCCAAUUGAAUUGUAAAGUUUCGGUUUCUUCUUUUCGGUUUUUCGGGUCGGGUGGGCUGGAUUGUGUACUUAUAUGUGUAUCAGCAUCUUAUACAAAGCUUCCUUGUUGAAAUUAAUAAAGCAAAUGAAGUCUAUUUCAAAAUU